CAAGAGAAAAGCGAGCAACGUAUGCUGAUGCCAGGUGUACCUCACCAUCAGGGUAGCGCGAGCCUCAGCAAAUACAAGAAGACAUAUGAGGCGGCGCACGGUGGCCAGCCAAUUGGCCAACUCACGGCGUAUGCUCUGGCCCACAUGGGCCCGGCAAAGUCCAACAUCGAGUACAACCCUGAUGCAAGCCCAGAGGUGUACACCAACUCUAGCGUCUACACCCGUCUCAAUUCGUACACGGAGGCAUCGAGGUUAGUCCAUGGGUCGGACUACAAUCCGAGGACUGAGGAGCGCCUUGAUCCUGAGCUAGUGAUGAGGAUUGGGCAAGGUAAGAAGCAUGGACGAUUCUACAUUGGCGACGGCAUCCUUGAGACAGGUUGUACUCCUCCUCUCAACCGUCUACGAGCAGCGAGCACGAGCUCUAGCGUGCCCAUAAGCCAACGGCCAACAGCGGUGGAGGCACUACAGGCCGAGCUGCUAGCACUUCGGGCCCAGCAGGAGGCCCAGUUGGCUGAGCGAGAGGCUGAGCGAGCCGAGCGGGAGGCCGAGCGUCAGAGGAUACAAGCUUUGGAGGCCCAGCAAGAGGGUUUGCCCAAGUUCGUGCAACAACUUGGGCAACAACAAGGUUGGGAGAUCCCAGCACAGCUGCUUGCACCAGCACCACCAUCAUAUCGUCGAGAGUCUACUCCGCAUGCAUCGGGGGCGGCGUCCAACCAUGUCGGAGGGUCGCUAGGAUCGCACGGCGUGCUAUGCACACCUAGACCGUCGCCGGGAUCGCAAGCUGGGGCGUCCCAACCCUCGCCGGCAUCGCACACUGGACAGUCGCCGUGAGCUGUCUUGGGAGUUGUUUUUAUGUAUUAAACUUGUGAACUUGGAAUAAUAUGUACUCUUAAACGUGUGGUUUGUAAUAUAUUCUGAAUUUCGUAUAAAUUUGGUCAUUUGUGAUAUAUAUAAAUGUGGUUUGUGAUA